CAAAAGGGGAGGAGCGGCUGGAGCCAGCAUUUUACUGUCUGUGUAAAGCUUGAGUCAUCCUAUUAGGCUGGGCAGUGUUUGCAGCUGCAUGCUGUCGACUGACUGAGAAGCAACUUGCUGCUACGUCUACCUACGAUGUGCAGAGAGACACCCAGAAGCCUUGGGUCAUCAGUGAAGAUGAGCGAGAACAUGCACACCUCAUUCUGAAUGAAUAUUUCUGCUUGUGAACCUUGGUGUGACUCUGGUUUAAAGCGGCGACAAAAAGACUAGUGAGGAGUCUUCAAUGCAUUGAGGCCACAGAGCUAUCACAUUAUCCCUCCUGUCCAUUUGCAAACAAGGCCUGUUGGCUUGCACGACUCGGAGAAUCUGCUUUUAUAGAGCCUUUUCUCUGCAGGAAACAUUUAGAGCAAAUCCUGUAUUGCUAAACACUGCAGGUUGCAUGUAUUCGGGGGGAAAAAUGCUUUGAAUAGACCGAUUCUCAUUUUUGCUCUUAUAUUUUAAUUUUUUUUUUUUUAAAUAUAGCCAUAUAAUUCUGAAACAUUGUGGAACGAAGAUCUUGCCAAGUGCCCCCAUAUUAGAAUUUUAUCUUUUCACAGUUACUGCUGACCGUCUUGAAAAAGACAACAUUUCUUGCAAAGUUGACCUUGUAGUUUCCAUGUUUUGCAUGCCACUAAAAAAAAAAAAAAGUUGACAAAAGCAAAAUUCCAGUAUUGAACUUUUCUGCUGGUUAAAUUGUUAGAAGGAUUUGGAAGCCGACAUUUGGGGUCUACCUCUUCCCAAGGGAGAGGGGUAUUAUUGUGAAAUUAAGGUCUCGCUCAAACUUCAUCAUGAGCCGUUCCACUACAAUGCCCCCUUUGCCCAUCAAAGAAGGUGACCUGGAGAAGCGAAGUGAUAGUUUUCUACAGCUAUGGAAGAAGAGAAGAUGUGUGUUGACCGCUGAUGGUCUACAUUUAUAUACAGACCCUCGAAAAAAAGGCAAGGCCAAGGUGUUGCGAUUUGACUCUUUAGCCAAACUGGAAUGCGUGGAGAGGAAAGGAGAGCGUGUCUACUUUACUCUAGUGACAAUGGACGGGCAAGAGAUAGACUUCCGCUGUAGGGAGCGUAGUCGCUGGAAUGCAGAGAUCACUUUAGCGUUGGUGGGCUUUCAAAAUCGAAAAGCUGUGCAAGAACUCAGGGCAAGAAAGGAGAGUCAGUCCCGAGAACUGGGUGAACGUUUACGAAGCUGGGGUCUGUGAUUUUUUUCUCCACAAUUGAUUGGUGAAUGUUACGGAUUUUUCAUCUUACUACUCAUUUGGACGACCAAACACUUCUGUAAUUUCUUUGUGCUCCUCUGGAGGCUUCUACAAGAAGACUAUCCAUCACGUUUAUGAGGCGAUAGGACUCCGUGAGCAGGUGGUAGCCCUGCUUGGACUCCGUAGGAGAUUCCCGAAAUGUCUGGUUUAGAGGAGAAAGAUACUAGUCUUCAAUUGUAUCUGCAAGAAUCUAGGAAGAAGAUCCACAGUCAUGUUUCUUGUCACUAGAGAUAGUCUUCUUUCUCUUCUUCUUGAGUUACAGGGACAGAAGACUCCUUUGCAAAGACUAAUACUUUAACUAAUGUUAAGGGUUUGUUCACAAACAUACAGAACUGAAGACCAAAUAAUGCUAUCAUCACAACAAACUAUUUACUAAUUUAGCAAUCAUACAAGGUUCACGGGCUGUUGCACUAAUCGGUGAGACCUUCUGAAUUCUGGGUACACUUCUUGCUCUGAAUUUCCAGGUGCUUGUUACUUUAAUUUUUCUUCUAUUGAUUAUUUGAGCUGCUCUACAGUUUGUGAAAUAUGUAUUUUUUGUGACUUUUGAAAAUAAAGAAAUAAUGCAAGUUAUAA